AUGGCUUCCGGUUACGACAGAGCUCUAUCUGUCUUCAGUCCGGACGGACACGUGUUCCAGGUCGAAUAUGCUGGUGAAGCUGUCAAGCGAGGAACUUGUGCUGUUGGCGUCAAGGGAAAGGAUGUAGUUGUCCUUGGAUGCGAGAAGCGAUCAGCUAUGAAGCUGCAAGAUACUCGGAUUACCCCUUCCAAGAUCCAACUCUUGGACACCCACACUGCCCUGGCCUUUGCUGGCCUGAAUGCUGAUGCCCGAAUCCUCGUUGACAAGGCUCGGUUAGAAGCCCAGUCCCACCGUCUGUCUGUGGAGGACCCCGUCACCAUCGACUACAUUACCAAGUAUGUGGCGGGUGUGCAGCAGCGAUACACUCAGGCUGGUGGUGUGCGGCCAUUCGGCAUCAGCACGCUCGUUGUUGGUUUUGACCCUGGCAGCAAGGUCCCCAGAUUGUAUCAGACUGAGCCAUCUGGUAUUUACUCAGCAUGGAAGGCGAAUGCCAUCGGCCGAUCGAGCAAGACGGUUCGUGAGUUUCUCGAACGCAACUACAAAGAUGAUAUGGAUCGGGAGGCUACCAUUCGGUUGGCGAUAAAAUCUCUCCUUGAGGUGGUGCAGACUGGCGCAAAGAACAUUGAAAUUGCUCUCAUGGCCCCUGGCGCUACCAUGGAGAUCUUGCCUACCGACGAGAUCGAGGGCUACGUGAAGGAGAUUGAGCAGGAGAAGCAAGAAGAGGCUGCUAAGAAGAAGACCGGACGGACACCUGGAACAGGCAGUGCCGCGAUUCUUACAAGAGGACAGGACGAUUCUGCUGCUGAAUAA